AUGGAGGAGGAGGUCCAGGAGCAUGAGGAAGAGGUCGUGGAUGAAGAACAACAACCGGUGGGGGAGUCGGUGCAGAAGCUGGAGCCGCGGGUACCGUCGGUGGUGGUGGAGGCAUCGGCUGCGGCCCGGUACGCAGCCGGCGAGGUGCGGCGGCCCGGCCUGGUUGGGUCGGCGGUCGGGCUGGCUCGCUCGCUCUACUGCCGGUGUGAGCCGACCGCCAAGGGCCUCUACGCCAAGUACAAGCCGGCGGCGGACGAGGUCGCGGUCUUAGCCUGGCGGUCGCUGAGCCGCCUCCCGCUGGUCACCCGGCUGGUGGUUCCCGUCGGCGCCCACCUAUCGGAGAAGUACAACGAGGCCGUUCGGUGCUCCGCCAAGAAGGGUUACUCCAUCUCCGCCCACCUCCCCCUCGUCCCCACCGAGCGCAUCGUGCAGUUCCUUGCCGGCAAGGCUACCGCCAAAUCGCUCUGA